AUGAUACAAGUGAAAAAUUUUUCACCUAUCACACCCUUAUCAAUGCAGAAAAGUAAUCAAUCAAACAAUUAGUGUGUCAAACUAAUUCAAACUAAGCUAGCAUUUAAAGUCAUAUCUCCAUAUCGUAGUGAUGAAAACAUGCAAGAAAUGCAAUAAAUUUAGACUGAAAAUCAAUAAAGACAAGCUCCUGAAGCAAUAAUUCAGUCAGGGUUUAGAAUGCAAUCUCCAAUAAAAUUAUCUUCGAUAAGAAGAUGUGCAGAUGAAAAGAAACAUGAAGAAAAUAUAGAGAAUUUGAGGUAGGAAAUUAAAAAGCUUGAAGAAAAUCUUAAAGAGAGCAAGUAGAAGUUGAUUAUGGAUAGAAUCAUGCUUAAAAGGAUUAUUGAUGAUAAUCAAAUAAAUUUAGAAAGAAAACAAAGGGAAACGAUGCUUGAGUUCAAUCAGAAACGAAAUUCUGAUCGUAAAUGUCCGAAAAAGAUCAGAUCUCCGAUGUAGAAAGCUAUGAAAAUCUAAUCAGAAAUCACCCAAGGAAUAAAGACUAGAUCCAAAGAAGCAGUUCUUGUAAAAGGUAACCAGGUUUGUUAGAGAUCUGUUUAAUAUGGAAAAAAUGAAGAUACAUAAUAUAAUAAAUAGAAGGAAAAUAGAAUUGCCAAGUAAAUUUCUUAAAUAGACAAGAAAUCCAAAGCAAUCAAGAAAUCAGGCCCUUAGCAAUUAGGAUUUAUAAGAGAAACAGAAACUAAAAAGAAAAAUUUAAGAUGA